AUAUUCCUGGUAUUCCCUGUAAUCCAGUUGGAGAGAUCCAUCCAGGAGAACCUGCGUUCUCGGAUGGACGAGAUGAAGAGGAACGCUGUUCACACCCAGACGGCGGCCAUGUUGGAGAUCGGGACCAACCUCCUCAGCAAAUCAGCUGAGCAGACACGCAAACUGACAGAUGUGGAGACCAAGGUGUUGAACCAGACCAGCAGAAUGGAGAUCCAGCUGUUAGAGUAUUCUCUGUUCACUAACCGUCUGGAGAAACACGUCCUGCAGCAGAAUCAGGAGAUCUCACGACUCAACGAUAAAAGCAGUUUGCUAGAGCAGAGGUUCUCAGUUUUAGAGGCCAGGCACGUUAAGGAGCUCCAGGGUCUUCAGAGGGAGAGACAGCAGCUGCAGGACAUGCUGGAGAGACAGAGGCGCCUGGUCACCCAGCUACAGGGAGAGCUGGGGACCUCCACACACAACAGCACACUACUGCAGAAACAGCAGGCUAUACUGACUGACACAGUGCAGCAGCUGCUAGCCAUGGUCACCCACUGCAAUGAUAUACCCACUACACCCAAGGAGGAGCCAGUGAUCUUCAGAAACUGUGCUGAAAUCUUCAGAUCUGGGCUCACAGAGAAUGGUGUCCACAGCAUACGACCCCCCAACUCUACCCGCACAGUUAAGGUGUUCUGUGAUAUGAAGACGAGAGGUGGGGGCUGGACCGUGCUGCAGCAUCGUAGAGACGGAGCUGUGGAUUUCCACCGUGGAUGGAAGGAUUACAAGAUGGGUUUUGGGGAUCCCUCGGGAGAGUACUGGGCAGGAAAUGACCUCAUCCACCUGCUGACCAGCUCCCAAGAGUACAGUCUCCAGGUGCAGCUGAAGGAUGCUGAGGGGAACGAAGCUUACUCCCACUACAGUCACUUCUAUAUAGACGCAGAGAACAAAAACUACAGUCUCCAUGCCCAGGGAUUCAGUGGUAGUGCUGGCCGCACCAGUAGUCUGACCCACCCUGGGACCCAGUUCAGCACCAAGGACCGAGACAACGACCGCUGCUCCUGCAAGUGCGCCCAGAUGGCUUCUGGAGGUUGGUGGUUUGAGGCGUGUGGUCCCUCCAACCUGAACGGUAUCUACUACGCUGGCGUCUCCAACGUGGUCCGCUACAACGGUAUCAAGUGGUACUACUGGAAGGGACCGAGCCUCAUGACUACCGUGACUACCAUGAUGGUUCGACCCGCAGGCUUCUGAGGCAUAACGCCGGCGAUCGCCGAUGACGUCAGCGGGAAGCGACUGAUGACAUCACCAUGACUGACUAAAAUGACUGACUGAUGAGCGAUUCUGGAAUAAUGACGUUUGACAGAAAUACGGAAUAUGAUAUUUGAGUGGAGAUUUUUAGACGUUUUUUUUCUGAAAUGUUUUCCGUUUUAGAAAUGUUUCCCGCUGAAAUGGCGCAGUGGCUUACACCGUAAAUGUGUGUUUUAUAAUGUGAUUGUACAUAUAUUGUGGAUGCAUAACGGUAUUGUCACGCCCUGACUUUAGUUAUAUUUGCUUUCUUUAUUAUUUGGUUAGGUCAGGGUGUGACAAGGGUGGUUUGUCUAGGUUUCCCUUGUCUAGGGUUUUUUGGUCAUCUAUGUGGAUUUUGUAUUGUCUAGGGGUUUGUAGGUUUAUGGUGGCCUGAGUGGGUUCCCAAUCAGAAACAGCUAUUUAUCGUUGUCUCUGAUUGGGGAGCCUAUUUAUGUUGCCAUUUUCCGUGUUGGUUUGGUGGGUAGUUGUGCAUGUUUAGUUGCCUGUGAGCACUACGUUGGCGUCACGUGUCGGUUGUUUAUUGUUUUGUUGGCGACAUCGUUAAAUAAACAAGUACGUACGCUCAAAA